AAUGUCUAAACACCAUGUGCCACACCACUACGUUUUUCAAUGGUGAAUAUCCCAGUGUGAGGUCUGCUGAUGACGUUGCAGGGAAUAUGACCACCACUUGGAUGACGAAUGAGACUUCCGCAAACUUUGCGCAUGGAUGACAGUGGGGCUUCAAAUUCCAAGUUUGCUUAGCUCAAAAUCAUUAGUCUCUCAUGCCAAUUUAAGACGCAUCUUUCCUAGGGCUUUGUGUAACAUCAGUAAAAUAACCCUUUUAAAUUUGUUUUAUCAUAACAAAGUGUUAGUUUCGUCGAUAUUUAAAUUAAAUUUGAAAAGAAAAUAUAUAUAUAUUUUUAGAAUUACUGUCACUAAUAGCGUAGCAGUCUGCGUUCAGUUUCCACUCAGUGCGAAUGGUUGUUCUUGUCUCUACGUGCCCCGCGAUUAACUGGCGACCAGUUCAGGGUCUACUCCAAGUUUUCGGGCGAAAGGCGACGUCAGCUGGGAUAGGCUGUGGCACCCCUAACCAGGAUGAGUGGUGCUGAAAAUGGUUGGAUGAAAUCGAAAUUUUGAAUUCCCAAGGAUCAAAAUCUCAUGUUCAGUGUGCUGGGGAAGGAAUAGAAGCGCACACAUACUUCCUGGCGAAGCAUUUUCCUGCGAAGAUUAAAAUACACUUUUACCUGUACUGCUAGAUCAGUUGUUUCGCUCUUGAUGGGAAGAGGAAACACCAUUUUAUUAAAGGAUUUCAUUGUUGAAGUUUUUGUUGAUGAAUCAUAGACAUCUCUACGUCCGGACAGCCUGUGCUGCUGGGAUAAUUAGCCCUGUGGGUGGGUGACGAGAACUAUUAUGUCGCUGUCGUUACCUUCCGUCGACAUGCUUGAGACACCUCCGGGAUAUCCAUUUGAGGAAAUUAACUACGAAGAUAUCGAAGUAGAGGAGGUCGUGGGGAGAGGAGCUUUUGGAGUGGUUUGCAAGGCCAAGUGGAAAGGAAAAGAUGUUGCAAUCAAGACCAUUGAAAGCGAAUCAGAGAGAAAAGCCUUUAUUGUUGAGCUACGACAGCUUUCUCGUGUAAACCACCCUAAUAUUGUGAAGUUGUAUGGCUCUUGCAGUAAUCCAGUCUGUCUUGUAAUGGAAUAUGCUGAAGGAGGCUCAUUGUACAAUGUGCUGCAUGGUGCUGAACCACUCCCCUGUUACUCUGCUUCCCAUGCUAUGAGCUGGUGUUUACAGUGUUCCCAGGGUGUGGCCUACCUCCAUGGCAUGAAACCAAAGGCUCUGAUCCACAGGGACCUCAAGCCACCUAAUUUGCUGCUUGUGGCUGGUGGCACUGUACUGAAGAUAUGUGACUUUGGAACGGCCUGCGACAUUCAGACUCAUAUGACAAACAACAAAGGAAGUGCAGCAUGGAUGGCCCCAGAGGUAUUUGAGGGUAGCAACUACAGCGAGAAGUGUGAUGUGUUCAGCUGGGGGAUAAUUCUCUGGGAGGUGGUCACACGUAGGAAGCCCUUCGAUGAAAUUGGAGGACCAGCUUUCCGUAUUAUGUGGGCUGUGCACAAUGGCACAAGACCACCUUUGAUUAAAAACUUACCCAAGCCCAUUGAGAAUUUGAUGACCCGUUGCUGGUCCAAAGAUCCCUCUCAACGACCUUCCAUGGAGGAGAUUGUGAAAAUUAUGACUCAUCUCAUGCAGUACUUUCCUGGAUCUGAAGAACCCCUCCAAACUUCAUAUCAAUAUUCAGAUGAUGGACAGAGUAACUCUGCAACUAGCACGGGUUCGUAUGUGGACAGCACUGACAAAAAAAGUGAUGCAAACAUUGAGAAGAGUGAUUCUCAUGGAAGCAACGACACUAUUAAGAUCACACCCCAGUUUGGGCCUCACUUCAAGUCCAAGGGAGACCCUUUGAGGGUGCUGCCUCUUUCCAGAGGAGGUAGCUUUGAGAGUCUGACAGCUCGAGCACAGGGCUUGACAUCCUCUGACAAACGAAUGAGUGCUGACCUUUCAGAGCUGGAGCCCAAAUUGGAAUUUGUACCACCAGCACAUCCGCAGUAUAAACGAGGCCAUCGUAAAACAGCAUCAUUUGGCACCAUACUGGAUGUUCCCAAGAUCGUCGUCACAGCGACGUGUGAGCCCCAGAGGCGGCGGUCUGUGCAGGAUUUGCCAGGCAUGGGCACAGAGUCCACCCAGGGAAGUAGGAAUAAUAGUCGAGCCUCUAGUCCUAGUUUGAGGAUGUUGCCACCACCUGAAAAGGCAAACAGCAGAGGUUACUUCUCUCCUGAUGAUCCCACAGACACCAACGGCUCAGACAAUUCAAUUCCCAUGGCAUACCUCACCCUGGAUCACCAGCUGCAGCCACUUGCCCCAUUCCCCAAUUCUAAAGAGUCCAUGGCAGUUUUUGAGCAACACUGCAAAAUGGCGCAAGAAUAUCUGAAGGUUCAAACAGAGAUUGCCCUGCUAAUCCAGAGAAAAAAGGAACUCAUUGCUGAACUGGACCAAGAUGAGAAAGACCAGCAGAACACAUCACGUCUAGUGCAGGAGCACAAAAAACUGCAGGAAGAGAAAGAGAGUCUUUCCACAUAUUACCAGAAGUGCAAAAAACAGCUGGAGCUGAUCCGGGUCCAGCAACAGAAAAGACAGGGGACCUUGUGAUGAGAUCCCCUUUACAGAUUUUAAAAUAUACUCCUGGCUUCCAACAGAAACACAACACUCACGCACCAGUCCAGUCCAAAGCUGGUAUGCCCUGCAUGUCACAUAUCUCUGCCUUUGUCUAUCAGGAAGGUAGGUAUCAGCUGUAGAUAUAUUAGUACAUGCUCACAUUGUAAUUUGUGACUGCAGACCAAUCACUGGAUCCUAGAGCUUUCUGGGCUUCAGUGUGGAGCUUUGGUCCUGUUGCAAAGUGUGACAGAAGACGAGUGAGGGUGGUUAGUGUAUUUUACAUGUUGCUCUCAGGGCCUUUUGGGAGACCAGUUUUUUUUUCAUUCCUCUGCAUUUUCUGGAACCCUUUUAGCACCCCAUGGUGAAGUCAUCCUCAAAAGAAUGUUGAGGGGGAGAAAAGCAAGGCUGAACAUGAAUGCGUGCAGAUUUUAUGAAAUGUGGAGUACUGGAACCUAUUGUAUGAAAACCCUGUUUUGCAAAUAUUGUGCAACCAUAUAUCAAUGUAUUUAUAUUCAGCCUCUUCAAUUCCUUUCAGCGUUGUCCCUGGCAGAGACUUUAAUUCCUUCAGGGAUUUGACAGUCAGUAUUUAGUUUAAAGAUGGAUGUUUCUAAGACACCCUAUUUUCCUGAUAGAAAAGAACAACUCAACAUGUGCACCUUGAUGUAAAAAUAACAGACGCUGUGGAUUCCACAUCAUUGAAAAAAAUUUUGUAUUUGACCCAAGAGUUGCUUUGAUUAUCAGUUUUUUGUCUUUUACAUUUUUUAGUCAACGUUUUGUUUAACAUUUUGUGGUGUGGGAAUUCUCACAAGGAGGCUUAUAGAAUGCCUUCCAUUUUUUAGUUCACAUGUUGCCUUGGAAGCUGCCUGCAUUUUUUUAAGUGGUUGAUUUGUUUUAUGGAACUAUUACAGGAAGUGAGAUAAAAAGGCAUGAAUGUCAUGGACAUUAGAUGAAACUGGUUUAUUGUGUUGCAAAUAAGAGUGACAUAUGCUUUACUCUAUCUGUGCACCCAUUAAUGACGGAACCUUAAUGAAGAGUAUAACAGAAUUGUUUUUUACUCUUUAAAAUCUAUGAAUUCCAAUCCCUUUUGUAGUUUUAUCUGUCAAGUACAAAUUAGUCAUUGUAAUUCCAAGAACUUGGCAAAGCUAUUAAAAAAAAUAAAGCAAAUAUGGUUUACGCGGAUCUAUGAAUGUAAAUUCUGUUGUGAUUGUUUUUUUUGAUCCAUUCAUUUUACACACGCGUCCUUAGCUGAAAUGUGAUAGUUGAAGAAAAAUAUAUUUUUCUGAGAUGCUUUUCCGUAUGCUCUUUUCUCCUUAGUAUCUAAUAAACAGCUUCAUAAAUCUCGA